ACGAUUUUAACGGUUGGAGCAGGUCUGAUUUAGCCUACCUGUUAUUGGAACCAAAAUGAUGUCGAUUGUUAAUCCUACCAUCUCAAAACGCAUUCAACCUCCAACUUCAAUUACUUGAGCCUUAAGUCGAUUCUCUUCUUUCGCUCCCUCUCUUUUUCACCUUAAAUCUUCAGUGUAUUAACUCUUAACUUGAUUCUCUUCAAUUUCUUCACUCUUCUGCUUGAAUCGCAUCAUUGAAUCUUCAGUUUCUUCACGAUGUCCGAUUCUUUCUUGGAGGGAGUUGUGCGGGUCAUUCCUACAGAUACUCUAGAGAUUGACUGUAGUUAUAGCCAGUCUUGUAAAGGAGUUUCUCUCUCAGGUGCUUCAGGGCUUGCAACAUGUCUACUGGUCCUGGUCUUGAGUCUCUUGUAGAUCAAACAAUUUCAGUUAUAACCAAUGACGGCCGCAACAUAGUGGGAAUCUUGAAGGGCUUUGACCAGGCCACAAAUAUCAUCCUUGAUGAAUCUCAUGAACGGGUUUACUCUACUAAGGAAGGCGUUCAACAACUUGUUCUGGGUUUGUACAUAAUAAGGGGUGACAACAUAAGCAUUGUCGGGGAACUAGAUGAAGAGCUCGAUUCACAUCUUGACCUGUCAAACCUAAGAGCUCAUCCCCUCAAGCCAGUCAUCCAUUGAUCACCUAUGAAUAUGUUGGUUGAUAUAGAACUAACGUAUGGAGUACAAAAUGUUACAAUGGUGUAAUUCUUGAUGGUUGUAAACCUAGUCCUUAUCUAAUCAAAUUCUGCUGGUAUUAUUUUGUUUUUUUAA